GAGGGCAGCAGCUGGGCCAGGAGGUGCUGUGGACGGAGUGACGUGGCUUCUUCAGCUGUUACUGUGGCUCUGCGGUUUGCAGCCUCGACGUGCCCAUCGCUCACCUCCUGUGCUCCGUUGGUGCCCUCCAGCCAAGCCCUUCGGAGCAGGGGCCGACUUCUUCUUUUAAAAUAACCCAAAGCUCCUUUAUUCUGCAAGGCCCUUCAAACAGGAAAUGAUCCGAGCCAGCUUGCUAUCUGAGCCCUCAAAGAGUACAGACGACAGGUGUUGAACAGGCCUUGGACAGAGCCCCACUCCCCAGAGGGGUUCCUAUGGCUGAGGAGUGCCCCAGGUGUGGCCAGCGUGGGUGUGCUUGCCCUGCUUGCUGCUGGAACCUGGGCUUAACCAGAGAGCGUCAGUGCCCACCCGUUCCAAAGAAAAGGCCUGUGUGUCUGCAGAGCUGGUGAGCUUCCAACGUUGGGUUUGGAGUUCUUGCUCCAUCCUGAAGGGGGAUUUCCAGCUACCAUGCCCAGGAGGAAGCCUGUCCGAAGCCGUAAAGCCAAAAGGAGACCACCUGCCCUCAAGUGUUUGGCUCAGGCAGAGACUGAGGGGCAUGGGGAGACUGCUGGGACCUCAGAGAAUGUGCCCACCCCACCUAUGAAAAUGCCAAAGAAACGAGGCCGUAAGUCAAAAGCAGAGUUGCUCCUGCUAAAGCUGUCACAGGGUCUGGACUGUCAAGCAGCAGAGCCCAUCUGUGUGAAGAAGAUGCUGGGGGGCAAUGAGGCACCUGAUGGCUUGGAGGCUACACCCACUGGGCGCCCCAAGAGGCGAGCGGCUAAAGUGGCCUUGCUUUACCUGCAGGAACUGGCCGAGGAGCUGACGUCAGUGUACCAUCCCCUGCCUCCCAAUGUGGGUCCUCAGGAGCCAGAGUCCGAUAGCUCGCGGAAGAAGCGCCGGAGCAGGAGAAGGAAAGAGGAGCCGGAUGAUGACGACCCCUCCCAGGAUGUGGAUUUUGUGCCCUCAGAGGAGGUGCUGCUGCAGGCGGAAGAGGAGGAGGAGAGCGACAUCCUGCUCAGUGAGGUCUCGGAGUCAGAGCCAGACGCUGUCCGGGGGCACACCCCAAGGAUGUCAUCAGCCGGGAAGGCCAAGCCCCAGUGCCGAGGACUUGCUCCCAAUGGCUUCCACAAUUCCAUCAUGGCCCCUGUGUGGAAGUGUCCCAGUGUCACCCACAGCUUGCGGGACCAACACUACUCCUCCUGGGAAUUCCCUGAUUGGCUUCCUUCCAUGUGCAAGUGGACGUUUCUCUCCGAGAGCGAAUGUGCCCAGUACCUGCCAGGGGAAAUGAAGUCUCCUCUCUUCUCCAUCCAGCGGGAAGGUAUUGAAGAAGACGGUGUCCUGUACCGGAUCAACAGGUUCAACUCCCUGCAGCCCCAUGAGGAGCGCCUGGAUGUGUCCUUCUUUGUUGGUGGCCCAGUGUGGGCCAUGGAGUGGUGCCCGUGUCCAGAGGGCUCUGCCGCCCCCCAGUAUGUGGCACUCUAUUGUAACAAGGAUAUGGAUGAGAAGCACAGCCUGGCUGAGCUCCACACAGGCCCUGCAUUGCUUCAGUUCUGGGCUCUGGGCACCUUACAGCCAGGGACAGGCUCUGCCACCAAAGCCAGGCUGGCCUACGCCAUCGCCACCGAUCACGGCUGCAUCUGGGACAUGAAGUUCUGCCCCAGUGGGGCCUGGGAGCUGCCCAGCACCUGUAGGAAGCCCCCUCAGAUGAGCCGGCUGGGCCUCCUGGCGGUAGCCUUUUCUGAUGGCAAAGUGCUCCUGUACAGCCUUCCGCACCCUGAGGGCCUGCUCGUGCACAAGAGAGCCCAGGUAAAAGGUGGGCCCUUCCCAAAGCACAUCAUCUGCAAGGUGCAGUGUGUUGCCACCUUGCAAGUUGGCUCCAUCCAGGCAGGAAACUCGUCUGGGUGCGGCCAGUGCUUCAGCCUCUCCUGGAUGCCUUCUAAGCCUCACCCGUACCUAGCAGCCGGCUUCUAUGAUGGCACUGUGGCCAUCUGGAACCUGCCCACCAAGUCUUUGCUGCAGUGUGUGCGCCAGCCAGAUGGCUCCCUCAAGCUCUACCCCUUCAGGUGCUUCCUUGCCCAUGACCACGCUGUCCGGAGCAUUGAGUGGUGCAAAGUCAACAGCAACUUUCUGGUGACAGCAGGGAAUGACCGGAAGAUCAAGUUCUGGGACCUGCGGCGGGUUUAUGAGCCCAUCAACAGCAUCAAGCGUUUCCUAACCACUGAAAUCACCUGGCUGCUGCCGUACAACGGCGUCACUGUGGCCCAGGAUAAUUGCUAUGCCUCGUAUGGACUUUGUGGAAUCCACUAUAUUGACGCCGGCUACCUGGGCUUCAAGGCCUACUUUGUGGCCCCUCGCAAGGGGACUGUGUGGAGCAUCUCCAGCUCCGACUGGCUGAACGCUGUGGUGGCUGGGGACAUCACUGGAGAGCUGCUGGCAGCUGUGCUGCCUGACCUGGCUGUGAACCCACUCAAUGUCAAGCGGCCCUCAGAGCGCAGAUUUCCAAUCUACAAAGCUGAUGUGCUGCCCUGCAGCUCUGCAGGCGAGGCAAAGCUGAGGCCGAAGGCUAGGACCUACAGUGAGAUGGUGAAGGAGCACUACCUCUGCUUCCGGGACACAGACCUGCGGAGCUUCCGAAACUUCUUCAGCCGGGAGCCCAUGCGCAGGAUGCAGGAGCAGGAGGUGAAGUCGGAGCUGAGCCUAGACCGCAUGCAGCUGGAGUCCAUCCACAAGGUUCGCUUCAGCCCCAACCUGGACUCUCAUGGCUGGCUGGUGUCAGGUGGGCAGUCAGGCAUCGUGCGGGCCCACUGCCUGGUGGGACUCACCUCUCCCGUGGGCCACAAGCUGCUCCAGGAGUGCAGGGCCCAGUUCAGCACCACGUUUGGGGACCAGCAGGCGAGCCCUAGCGCCAGCCCCUCCCAGCACGGCCUCCUACAGGAACCAUAACCACCACCGGCUGCCUGGCUGGAGACCCUCUUCUGGACGCUCCAUGCUGCAGCAUCUCCAGGCCUGGGAGAAGACAGAGCAGCCAAGCCAGGGGGCUCCUGCCUCCAGGGACGCCAGCCUCUGGCUUGUGUUCCAGGGUCUGGUUUGGUGUCAGUGGCCUGCCAGCUCCUGGACUAUUGGGCCCUUCCCAGCUGCCACCCAUGGCAGUGCGUAUGAGAGCAAUGGGCGGCACGCUGGCUGGGCAAUCGCUUUGCAGGUAGAUCCUUCGGCUGUCCACUUGGCCCUGCCUGUGAGCCUGGGGAGUGGGAGGUAAAGCUACUAUGGGGCAGCCCCUUGCCUGGCUCUGGGGUUUGCUGGGGCUGGCACUCUGUGCGGGGGCUCCUCACCUGGGGCACCAUG